AUGGUUUUUACUAUAAUUUAUGAGUUUUGCGACGCCUUUGUAAGCAACUUUGGACCACGACGACUUAAGAAACCUAGGGACAUAGCAGGACAGGUUGUCCUCAUUACCGGUGCUGCUAAUGGACUUGGACGUCAGAUAGCCGUAAAAUUUGCUACGACGGGUUGCAGAUUAGUGCUCUGCGAUAUCGAUGAAGAGGGCAACGAGGAAACGAGAAAAAUCUGCAAAGAAAUCGGGGCAGAGGCGCACAGCUACCGUGUAGACAUGUCCGAUCGGCAAUCAAUCUACCAAUUUGCAUCUACCGUAACCUCCGAUAUUGGUCCUGUUGACAUACUUAUCAACAAUGCCGGUAUACUAAGAGAUGGUGGAGAUUUCCUGGAUAAAUGUGAUGAAUUUAUCGAAAAAACUGUACGAGUAAAUAUGCUGGCGCAUAUCUGGAUGGCGAAAGCUUUUCUACCACAAAUGAUUGAACGAAAUGAUGGACAUAUAGUAUGCAUUUGUUCACUUUCGGGGAUUGUUGGAGCUAAAGAUCUCGUCGACUACUCAGCGUCAAAAUUCGGCGCAUUUGGAUUUCAGGCUUUCCCGAAGAACAGAAUUUAUGUCACCUCAAUACGUCGCCGAAGAGGUCCUCUACGCAGUUCUUACAAGCAAGAGGAUUUUACUACUGCCCAAGUCGAUAUACUUUUUGUACGCCUUGAAAGGUCAAACAUUGUGACCCUGCUCGAGUGUCUGGCCGUUUUUGUGCCGCUCUACUACUCUCUUGUGGCAGCUAGAUGGCUCAGUACUUCUUCUAAAGCCAUGCGUGUAUUGUCCACAUCGUCAUCGGCGAAAAAGCUCAACCAUAUGAGCAUCAAAAAGAUUGCAGUAGAUCAUGGUGGCUCGGUCUCUACACUUGACUCUGCUCAAAUCGAGAGGAACAUCGAGCGCCUGAAGCACGAAAUCGGUGAUUCAACGCUGCAAAAUCCAAGUCGCAACACAUCGGCAACGGUCAUGUGAAAAAGAACGAACCUUUGAAAUACAAUGUGCAAAUGGGCGAAAUAAAG